AUGCCGCCCCAAGCGCCGGUCAAACGAAAGGCGGAGAUGGAGAGCCAGCCCGGCCCGUCGGCGCAGAAGAGGCCAAGGAAAGAGGGUCCCACCACGAAUAAGCGUAAACUGCGCGAGGGCGAGAUCAAAGUGCCGAGCGGGCUCAUCUUCCGGCGCGAGACGUCGUCCCAGCCGUCCUCGUCCCAGAACAACGCGCGCCCGCCCGGCCCAGACGCGAGCAGCGAGAUGUCGCACUCGCCGCCCCCGCCCGCGAAGAAGCAGAAGACCUCUCCCUCCCCGUCCCAAUCACGAGUUAACGGAGUCAAGGGCAAGGAGCGAUCGCUGGCGGCUGUCACAGAGGAGGACGGGGAAGACGAGGCGUCGAUGGCGCGGGACGUGCGCGCGAUGGAGAACGAGGACCGCGACAUCUCCCGCGCGUCAUCUUCGGCGUAUGGGGGAGCGCACACGGAUAUCACCAUGCCGCUCGAGCCGCGCGAGACGCCGCGGAUAGAGGCCAACAGGGCGAUGCGCGGCGAGCCGGUCGCGGGUCCCAGUACGCCGAAAAACCGGGCGCGGAGAAGCUCGGUGGGCAAGGGCAAGCGCGCGAGCAUGGGCGGCGACUCGAGCGUCAUCACUACGCCGCACCGAUCGGUCGAAGGCCGCCACUUCUACUCGCACAUCGACCCCGACCAGCCCGACGCCUUCCGCAUGUCCCAGCUCCUCCAGUGGACACUCAAGCGCCAGCUCUCGUCCGACGCGCCCUCCGGCAAAGACCCGCCGCGCACAGCUUUACUCAGAGAGGUCAUCGAGGGCACUAUCAAGGGCCUGGCGGAGAAGAGGGUCGAUGUGAGCGGGAGUGGCGGGGGCGUUGCGACGGAGCGGUGGAUCGGGAAGGACUUCAAUGCGAAUGAGCAGAACGAGAAGAAUCGGGCGCGGCAUGCGCGGUUUACGGCUGAUAUCGAGCGAGCCGAGGCGGAAGACAGAGCGUGGAUCGAAGCGGACAAGUUCUACGAUAAACUCCGCGCGAGCUUCGACGCCGAACAAGAAGCCCGCCGCCUCGCCGACAAAGGCAAACAGCGCGCCUCGCCCUCCUCCCUCCCCGACCCUGCCCUCGUCCCGCCGCACCUCCGCCCAGGCGUGCAGACCGUCCUCGACGUCCUCUCCGCACCGCGCGAGCUCCCACCCCCAGAUCCGCGAUUAGCCCAUGCAAGGCAUAUGGCCGACGCGCUGGCGGAAGACAUCAAUAUCGGCGCGCGAUUACAGUCCGCGGUCGAUCUGGAACUCUCGUGUCGAUUCGCGGACUUAUCAAUGGCCAUGUCCGCGCCCCAACCCCCACACCCGCACCACGCAACAUCGUCCACAUCCCUCGCACCGCCGCAUGUGGGGUUAGGAGAGGAGGACCCGAUGAGGAUGCUGAGGGCGCUCAGUGUCGCGGACCAGGGACGGCCGCCGGAGAGUGUGGACGAUGCGGCGCGGAGGGCCGCGCGGGAGGCUGCGAGGGUUAGGGCGAGCGGGGUGGGACUUGGGCUGGGAGCGGGGUUGGCGCAGAGGGCUGUGAGGGACGCGCCGCCGCCUACGCCGCGCAAGGCGGGGGUGGGCACGCCGCGGCCUGUUACGCCUGGACGGAAGGAGAGGUAG